CCGUGGCGAAGGAGCGCGCUGCCCCCGCUCGGCCAAUGGCAGCGCGGCCGCCGGGCCCGCCCGCCAAUGAGCGCUGAGGGGGCGGGGCGAGGGGCGGGAGCCGCGGCGGGGUGAGCGGCUGCGGCAGCGGCGGGAGUGCUUGAAUAAAGAUGCCUUAAGAAGAUAACUAUGGAUAAGUAUAUUAAAGUGCAAAAAAUUGGAGAAGGAUCCUUUGGGAAAGCAAUUCUUGUCAAAGCUAAAGAAAACAGCCAACAAUAUGUUAUUAAAGAAAUUAACAUCUCCAAGAUGUCAAAUAAGGAGAGAGAAGAAUCAAGGAGAGAAGUUGCUGUGUUGGCCAACAUGAAACAUCCAAAUAUUGUCCUGUAUAGGGAGUCAUUUGAAGAAAAUGGCUGUCUCUACAUAGUGAUGGAUUACUGUGAAGGAGGAGACCUGUUUAAAAAAAUAAAUGCCCAGAAAGGAAUCUUAUUCUCCGAGGAUCAGAUUCUGGAUUGGUUUGUACAGAUCUGCUUAGCACUAAAACAUAUACAUGACAGAAAAAUCUUGCAUCGCGACAUAAAGUCACAGAAUAUCUUUUUAACCAAAGAUGGAACAAUACAGCUGGGAGAUUUUGGAAUUGCCAGAGUUCUGAACAGUACUGUGGAGUUGGCUCGCACGUGCAUAGGAACACCAUACUAUUUAUCACCUGAAAUAUGUCAGAACAGACCUUACAACAAUAAAAGUGAUAUCUGGGCCCUUGGUUGUGUUCUCUAUGAAAUGUGCACACUUAAACAUGCGUUUGAAGCUGGUAACAUGAAGAACUUGGUACUGAAGAUAAUCUCUGGAUCUUUUCCUCCUGUUUCUAUGCAUUAUUCAUAUGACCUACGUAAUCUACUGUCACAGUUAUUUAAAAGGAAUCCUAAGGAUAGACCAUCAGUAAACUCCAUAUUGGAGAAAAACUUCAUAGCCAAACGGGUUGAAAAGUUUCUCACACCACAGCUUAUUGCAGAAGAAUUCAACCACAAAAUCUUCCAGAAGUUUGGACCACAUGCUGCACCAGCUAAAAGACCAGCUCAAGGACAAAUCCUGGCUUCAGUUGCACCAGCUCAGAAAAUUACCAAACCCGCUGCAAAAUAUGGAGUGCCUUUAGUGAUGAAGAAGUCUUCAGAUGCACCCAAAAAGCUUCAUGAGAAAAAGAUGAUGACUAAAUUUAGACAGGCCUUUCCAACUCCUGUGAAGAAAAUGAAUCCAGGAGAAGAAAGGAGGAAAAUGUUUGAGGAACCUUCAAAAAAGAAAAGGUUAGAGUUGCCUGAAAAAGAAAAGCGCCAGAGAGAUCAGAUCAGUUUACUGAAGGCGGAGGAAAUAAGAAGAUUGGAGAAAGAAAGGAUGGAACGAAUAAACAGAGCCAGGGAACAAGGAUGGAGGAAUGUGCUUGGUUCAGGUGGAAGUGGUGAUGUUAAGGCACCGUAUUAUGGUGGUGGAGGUGGUCUUGGUCCUUUUCCAGUGUCUUCCAGAGGACAAUAUGAGCAUUAUCAUGCUAUUUUUGACCAAAUGCAAAAGGAGAACUUUAGAGUAGCUGAAGAGAGGGAAGCCAGAUGGAGGGCAGAAGUACGAGGCCGAGAAGCUGUUGAGAGAGGAAUUCCACCUGGAAUACGUCCAGGAGUUCCUAAGGGGCCUGCAGGUCAUCACCAUUUACCUGAUGCUGAUGCAAUUAGGAAAAAAAUGAAAAGAUCGAAGGAGGUGUCUAAACAAGCCAAUGCAAACAGGCAAAAAGGGUGGUUACCCGCAGAAAGAGCAAGGCAAGUUGAAGAAUUCUGGCAACGAAAGAGGGAAGCCAUGCAAAACAAAGCUCGAGCUGAAGGACACAUGGGUACACUGCAAAACGUGGCAGAUAUCUAUGGAGGCAGGCCCAUUUCUGCAAGAGGAAGGAAAUCCAGAAACAAGGAAGAAGAGGAAUAUUUGGCAAGAUUAAGACAGAUCCGGCUACAAAACUUCAAUGAACGUCAACAGAUUAAAGCAAAACUUCGUGGAGAGAAGAAUGAAGCUGGCAGUUCUGAUGGGCAAGAAUCAAGCGAGGAAGCAGAACUGAAACGCAAAAAGAUAGAAGCACAGAAGGCCCAAGCAAAUGCUCGAGCUGCAGUUCUAAAAGAACAGUUAGAGCAAAAAAGAAAGGAAGCAUACGAAAGAGAGAAAAGAGCUUGGGAAGAACAUCUGAUAGCAAAAGGAGUAAAGAGUCCGAACAUGCCUUUUCAUGUGGGAGCUGCAGGACACAGUCCUGUGCAUGGAAUGCAAGAGCCUGGAGCAUCUCCUCCUAAGCAACAGCUUCCGAUUAAGCCCAGUACACCAGUCAUUUCCAUGACUUCUGCUUUGAAGGAAGUGGGUGUGGAUGAGAAUGUAACUGCUAUCCAGGAAGCUGAAGAGGAAACAAAAAAGCCAGAUCUUGCAGUGCAAAAUAAACGGCAAAUACUGAAAAGAUUGAAUCAAAAUCUUAAAGCUCAAGAAGAUGACAAAGGAACAAAAGAAAAUAAAAAUUUAUCUGAAUCAGAUGGGUCCGAGGAUAGUAAGGAACAGCAAGAAGAUGUCCAUCCACUUGUAGGAGAUCGCAAAAAAUGGGAAUCGAAGGCAUCUGAAUUGGUAGUUCCUCUAGCACAGUUAUCAUUGGAAGACUCUCUUUCUGGAACAGACCGGCAAACUAUGGGGGAAGUAAUUAAGCUAGAUUUUGGUGAACCCCACAGGAAAGUCUGGGGCAAAAGCCCUACUGAUUCAGUCCUGAAAAUUCUAGGAGAAGCAGAGUUGCAGCUGCAAACUGAAUUACUGGAAGAACUAGAUAUAACAAGUGAUACUGCAGAAGUUGUUGAAGGAGAUCAUCACUCCUUAAUUGUAAAACAGGAUAAGGAAGAGAAAGCUUUUCCUACUGUUGGAGCUCAGUCUUCAGUGCCAGUUGGUAUUUCACAGAACGAAGUGACUAUACUAGAAGAAUCUCAAAGAGCUGGAGCUACCCAGGUGCAGAGCAAACCUAUUAUGCUGGAUGAGUCUGAUGAUCUGGAAGCAGAGAUGUUGGAAGAAACAGAAGAAAAUAAAAAGCAACAGAGCAAGGAAUUUCCCAUUACUGUUAAUGAAGUGUGGGUAAAAGAAAAAGAGGAUAAGGCACAACAUGACAGAAGAAGUGAGGCAACUUCUGAGAAAGUAGCGCUUGACAAGAUGCAACCACAAAAAGAAGCUCCAGAAGAAACUUGUUCCAGUGACUCACUGCAGCCUGAACCAUUAUUCCAGAGGGUAAUGCAGUCCCCAGCUGUACCAACAGCCUCACCGGUUCUGUCAGCUCAGUCUUCACAGGAAGAGCCUUUUGUGCCUCGUUCACGUUCCGUAUCACCAGCAAAAAAUAAAGGCAAAAGUUCAUUGUUGAUUGGACUUUCUACAGGGCUGUUUGAUGCAAACAACCCAAAGAUGUUGAGAACAUGUUCGCUUCCAGAUCUUUACAAACUGUACAGAACGUUAGUUGAUGUUCCCAGUGUAGCUGAUGUACAGCAUCAACAUAAUCUCGAAAUAGAUGAUACAGAAGAUGAACAAGCCAAAGAAGGACCCUCUGAUUCUGAGGAUAACAUGUCUGGGGAGGCAGAUACAGAUCUGCAGGAACUCCGGGCCUCAAUGGAGCAAUUACUUAGGGAGCAGCCUAGUGAGGAAUUAAGUGAAGAGGAAGAGUCUACUUUAAAGGCCAAUGUCAUCCAAUGCAUAACAAAUGGUACAGAGCUGGAUGAAGGAGAUGAAAAUAACCCCAGCAGCGAAAGUGCACUUAAUGAAGAAUGGCAGUCAGAUAAUAGUGAUGGAGAAAUUGCCAGUGAAUGUGAAGAAUGUGAUAGUGUAUUCAGCCAUUUGGAAGAGCUGAGAUAUAACCUGGAGCAGGAAAUAGGCUUUGAGAAAUUCAUUGAAGUUUAUGAUAAAAUAAAGGCUAUACAUGAAGAUGAAGAUGAAAAUAUUGAUACAUGUUCGACCAUAGUUCAAACUAUUUUGGGAAAUGAACACAAACACCUGUAUGCCAAAAUACUUCACCUAGUCAUGGCAGAUGGAGCCUACCAGGAAGAUAAUGAUGAAUAAAUCUGACUCAGGAAUUCCCUUAGUGCUCUCUUACAUGUCAGUGUUUUGAAGUCUGCACAGCGGAAUAACAAACAGUAGCAGAAAAUGUAACAUGGGGCAGGAGAAAGAAGAACUGAAAAAAAGAAUGGUGACUGUAUGAAACAGAGGAAAAACAUGCCUUUUAAACUGAGAUAUUUAUACACUUCUCUUGUGUGUACUUGCAUAUGUGUUCAUUGCUCAGAAUUUAAAAAUCAUUACACUAUAAUCUCACAAAUUCAAAAAGAAAUACGGAGAUGAAUAAAUAUAGAUGUUCUGAUACAAAACUGAGACUUAGAAUGUAAACCAGAGUUUUUGCCAUAUCAACAGUUGGCUGGUAGGGUUAAACAAUUGGAAGAAUUACUGGGCUCUGGAAGUACCAGGUCUAGCUGUUAACUUACAUAGUUAUAGUAGCCCUUCUUUACACAUACAUAAAGAAAUCAUUCAUUUUUAUUGACCCUUGUGGUUGUAUUUUAGUAACAUCUUAAUCUACCGGUCCAAUUUGAGUACUUUGCUUUUAUCUUAAUAAAAUGUAUUUUGAAGGCAUCUGUCACUUUUUAACCAGUGUCAUCUGAAAUAUCUUAAUGGUGUUUCUAAAUCAAGGCAGACUGGUAUUUCAGUCACUGAAGUGCUUGGAUUUUUUUAUUUUUUUGAGACUGUAAAAUUAAUUUGGAGCUAGAAGACUUUUCUGGUAUUUUUCUUCUUCCUCAAAACCCCAGCUAUUUAGUUCAUUAAAUUUUGCAAUCAGGUCAGUGAUAUCAGAGCACAGUGUUGAAAGGGGUGGUUUUUCUCCUGUUUGUUUUUAAAUUCUUACUGUCACUCUUACUUUCAUGGCCCCUUCAGCCAGGGGUGGUGGUACAAAAUAUUACAGGCACAAAUGCUAUGUAAUACUUGUCAUCUUUUGGCUCACGUUUCAUAGCUCGAUGUCUACCACCCCUGAAAUUAUGAAAAUGAAAAUAAUUCUGACCCACAUUUCCUUGUUUCUCCUGUCAACGCAGUACUGUACAGGGCCAACACUACGUGUGUUGUUGUUUUCAAAUUAUUUGCGGAAAAGCUUCAUUGGCUUAUCCAUACAACAAGUCGCCUGUUACAAAUCAGAUGAACUGUCAAACUUCCAACUGCCCUAUUGAAGAAAAAAAUUAUAUUUUUUUCAGCUGCUGUAAAAUACACCAGUCACAAUCUAAAACUGUCAACUUUUCCACAAAGAGCAAUCAAGUAUAUACAUUAUUUAGAACUGUUAAAAUAUGUACAUGUUUUUUGUAUAAUUGUUUUAUGGUGUUAUGAUUAUUAAAGUUUUGCCCACUGAAAAA